AACCCACACAGGGUUACAGGCUUACAGCGAGCAAUGAAGAAAGCGAUUGUCGAAAAAGAUUCGGGAAAGAAUAUCUAUAAAUUAUUUAAUUUUUACAUUUUCUAUUUUUAUUUUAUCCCUCUAAUCCGAAUCUCAAAGCUGUCAAAUUUCCCCUUGAUUGAGAGAGAGAGAGAGAGGGGGGGAGCUGUAGAUGCACGUUAAGAUCUCGGGCGACCCUUCCUUUAGUUCGAAUUCUCAGUCUUUGCAUACAAAGUAAGCUUGAGAGGGGAGACUUGCAAGUCUUCUGACUUUCAUCUCUCUAUUUUUCGAAUGAUUCAAGGUUAUCCUUUGGUGGAAGGACGAAUUUGGAUUGGAAUGGGAAGCUGGAUGGAGGUUUCCAACUGUGCUCGAUUCUGUUGAUUAGAGAAUUUUGGUGUGUUCGAGCAGGAUGGGUUGUGGGUGUUCAAAAUUCUCUGGGUGCUGUUGGACUUUAGAUCAUAACAAACCUGUUCCUGAUAUCCAGGAUGUUGAAAAUGAAUGGAAUAGUGAUCUUGACAUACCUGCAUUUCGCGAAUUCACCAUUGACCAACUAAGGAUAGCUACAUCUGGAUUUGCUGUUGAGAACAUAGUUUCAGAACAUGGGGAAAAGGCUCCAAAUGUUGUUUAUAAGGGGAAGCUUGAGAAUCAAAAACGGAUUGCUGUCAAACGGUUCAACAGAUCAGCUUGGCCAGAUGCUAGGCAAUUUCUGGAAGAAGCUAAGAAUGUAGGUCAGCUCCGAAAUCUUAGAUUGGCAAAUUUGCUAGGUUGUUGCUGUGAAGGUGACRAGAGGUUACUAAUUGCAGAAUAUAUGCCAAAUGAGACAUUGGCAAAACACUUGUUUCAUUGGGAUUCUCAACCUCUGAAGUGGAGCAUGCGGUUAAGAGUGGCCUUAUAUAUUGCACAAGCUUUGGAGUAUUGUACAAGUAAAGGGCGUGCCCUAUAUCAUGAUCUCAAUGCCUAUAGAGUUGUUUUUGAUGAUGAUGGAAACCCUAGACUUUCAUGCUUUGGUAUGAUGAAAAACAGCAGAGAUGGUAAAAGCUACAGUACAAAUUUGGCAUUUUGUCCUCCUGAGUAUCUCAAAACAGGAAGAGUUACUCCAGAAAGUGUUAUGUACAGCUUUGGCACUCUAUUGCUUGACCUCCUCAGUGGAAAACAUAUUCCACCGAGUCACGCUCUUGACCUAAUAAGGGACAGAAAUCUUCAAAUGCUGACAGAUUCUUGUUUGGAAGGACAAUUUUCAAAUGAUGAGGGGACUGAAUUAGUGCGAUUAGCUUCUCGUUGUUUGCAGUAUGAGCCUCGAGAGCGUCCUAAUCCAAAAUCAUUAGUUUCUUCUUUAACUCCUCUUCAGACGGAAGCUGAGGUUCCCUCUCAUGAAUUAUUGGGCGUAGCACAUAGUGCUUCAGAUUUACCUCUUACACCACUUGGUGAAGCUUGCUUAAGAAUGGAUUUGACUGUCAUUCACGAGAUUUUGGAGAAGCUUAACUACAAAGAUGAUGAGGGUUCAGCAACUGAGCUAUCUUUCCAGAUGUGGACCAAUCAGAUGCAGGAAACAUUGAGUUCAAAGAAAAAUGGAGAUCUUGCUUUUCGGCAUAAGGACUUCAGAGCGGCAAUCGAUUGCUAUACGCAGUUCAUCGCUGCUGGAGCCGUGCUUUCCCCGACAAUUUUUGCACGUCGUAGUUUGUCAUAUCUUGCAUGUGAGAUGCCGCAAGAAGCCCUAAAUGAUGCUGUUCAAGCUCAAGUAAUAUCACCUAUCUGGCAUAUUGCAUCUUAUCUGCAAGCUGCUGCAUUUGUUGCACUUGGUAGCGACAAUGAGGCACAAGCAGCACUUAGAGAGGGGUCUGUGCUUGAAACCAAAGAUAAAACAACUGCCAAAUAAGUAAAUGAUGACCUAUUUAUAUGUCUAGUUAAUUAAUAUUGCAGAAGUUAAGCUUUAACUGCAGAAACAGGCAUGCCUAAAGUUGAUCAAACUGAUCCUUCAGUCGUGGCAGAAACCGACUGGCUCGUGGUCUAUUCAGAUAUCUGAUACAUGGCAAAAGAAACUUGGGGGCUUUGAGAUUAAUUUGAUUCUGUAAAGGAGUCUCAACUGUUAAAUUUAUAGGGAGGGGAGGAUGGAAGUAUGCUUGUAAUUUCUGUACAGUACUGUUAGCUUAUGUAGGCAAAGCUGUGUCAUAUUUCUGUGUUAGGCUAUUAUGUUUGUUUGAUUUUCUGAUGAAUGGGCAAAUAUCUUUCUUUUGUCAACAGUCAACACUAUUUGUUCAAUAUUCAACUCUCUUUAGACUA